AUGGAAGAGCCUCCCGAGAGAUGGGCUCGAUCGUGGUUCCCACGGCGACGUUAUGAUAUGCUAACAACAAACAUAGUAGAAUCAAUGAAUUCCGUUUUACUAAAAGGGAAAGAAAUGCCUAUUUUAAGAAUGUUAGAUUUCAUCCAAGAAAAGUUCGGAGAGUGGUUUUACGAACGGAGAAAAAAGGCAAAUGAAACUUUUCACAGAGUAUCAAUAUGGGCAGAAGAAGAGAUGACUAAGAAGAUGGACUUGGAUUGCAAAAUGUUUAUGUUAAACCUUGACUCAAUGUUGUUUAGAAUAAAUAGUGAAGGAAUUGAAUUCAUUGUGGACUUAAAAAAGAGAACUUGUGACUACCUGGAAUUCCAACUUGAUGAAUUGCCCUGUCCACAUGCAAUUGCUGCUAUUAAUAAGAGAUAUUUGCAGAAAUCUGAUUACUGCUCAAAUUGGUAUUCAAGGGAAACAUAG